GUGCAGUGGAAGCAGGGGGCGACAGCUGCGGGUACAGGAGGAGGGGGACAUGGGAGGAAAUGAGGCAUCAGGAUGAGAAUCACCCGCAAGAGACUUUGCUAUGCCCUAGUCUCCCUGUACUGCGCCUUCUCAUGCUACGCAGCGUAUCACGUCUUCUUUAAGUCCUCACAGGUGUCCCGGGUGCAGCACAAGGUGGUGAGCAGGAAGGAGGGAGUAUCCCGUAACUUGGGAAAUGAGCUAUGGAAUCCUUGGGAUGAAGAGGAAAAGAACCACAAAGUUUUACGUUUGCAUAAAACAGAAAAUAACUGGAAAAGCUUAUUAAAUCGUAAGUCUCAACAAGAAGCAGAACUCCGAGUGCAGAUAUGGGGCAAGGCUGCUAUUGGACAAUACCUGUGGCAGCAUAUUUUGGAAGGACCACUUGAACCUCCAGAUGUUGCUGCUCAGUGGAGGGAAGGCAAACUUAGAACAGGAAGAACUGAUCUCAGCUUCAUCAGCGGCCCUGCAGUUGUUCCUGGGUACUUCUCAGUGGAUGUUGGCAAUGUGGUUCUUGUCCUCAAUGGCAGAGAAGAAACGAAGAUUGCUUUUGCCACUCAGUGGUUACAAUACACACAGACACUAGUUGACAACCAUAAACUCCAGCAUGUUUCUGCAGUGCUUCUUGGAAAUGAACAGUGCAAUAAUAACUGGAUCCAUCCCUACUUGAAGAAGAACGGAGGGUUUUUGGAGAUCCUUUUUCUUGUCUACGACAGUUCUUGGACUAACGAAGAUGAUGUUUACCAGUGGCCCCUGGGGGUGGCUACAUACAGGAACUUUCCAGCAAUUGACCCAAGCUGGUCGUUGGUUCAUGAUUCUCGGCCAUAUUUGUGCAACUUUCUAGGAACUAUGUAUAACAAUUCAUCUAGGGAGAUUCUUAUGGAGGUUAUAAGGAAGGAGGGACUUGAGCAGUACUGUUGGAUCUCCCCCAGAAAUCAAUGGCAGCCCCUGGAGUCGAACGAGAGUUCCAAGGGCUAUCAGGAUGCACUGCUGCAAAGUGACCUGACAUUAAGCCCAGUCGGAGUAAACACAGAGUGCUACAGAAUCUAUGAAGCAUGUUCAUGUGGGUCUGUUCCUGUAGUGGAAGAUGUGAUGACCCCAGGAAAUUGUGGAAACUCUUCUGUACACCGCAAUGCUCCUUUGCAAUUACUAAAGUCUUUAGGAGCUCCUUUUAUUUUCGUCAAAUCAUGGAAAGAACUUCCUGCUAUUCUAGAUCUAGAAAAGAACAUGAGCUUACAAGAAAAGAUCCAAAGGCGGAAAAUGAUUCUAGAAUGGUACAGACAAUUCAGAUUAAAGCUCAAAAAAAAGUUUAUUGAAACUCUUGAAAAGACUUUUCUGCAUAGUGAUAAGUGAUCUGUGUUUAAUAUAUUUGUCAAAAUGUGACCUCUUUGUUAACUUAUUUGUGAUAUUCUCUAGUUGUGGUAUUAAUGGACAUAUCACUUGAUAACGUAAACCUAUUACUGCAUACUGGAGGCCACAAGCCUCAAAUUCUGGUGCCCAAUGUGGUCUCUGUUAUUCUAUACAGUUUAAGUGGUGCUAUGUACAGUGUUUUCUACAAAAAUAAAAAAAACAUUACUGACAUUCUUAAUGUCUGAGAAACAAGAA